CACCUUGUUCCGCUCUUCCACACUUUUUCUUUGCAGCACGUCAAAGCAUGAGUGCAAACAGAAAACCUACCGUUGGACGAUCAGUGAGGCGCGGGCCCACCCUUCGAGGCGGACGGUUUUGCCCACCUGCCCUUCGGAAAAACGACGAUGAUGACACAGAAGAAUUCUUGGCAUUGAAUCGGUCUAUCAACUUUGAUAUGGAAGAGGAAACAAUUGAUGAUGGUAAAGACGUGGAAAUGCAAAAUAUCGAUUUUCAUAACGAGAAAACACCGAAGUUCCCUGGCCAACCAUCAUAUCAUCACGGCGAUGAAACGUUCGGCGACGUAUUUACUCAUCCCAUGGAGCAACUCCAAGCACAUCGCCGGCGUCGGCAAGAGUAUGAUGAAGAGUUAAACCGAUGGAAAGGCGAACAGAGUAUUCCAAAUGACGCUCAUGGCUUACUGCCUUCCACAAGUGAAGCGUACAUGAUCGUCGUACACUUCAGACAGUUGCGCGGCGACCAAAACUUUGUUCUGGAUCAUGACACAGCAGAACAAUUCGCUCGAAAGAUUCACCUGACGCCUCAAGAACGGAUACAGUUUAACGGCAUCCACGAUACCGACAAACUCACUGCUUUUUUAUAUAAAACAAAACGGGAGUUCUCUAUCAAAAUCCAUCAUAAGGCGGAAAUCGCCCGCCACGCAGGCAACAGUAACGAGCACUUGGAGCAUAAUCCGAACAAUCACAUUAUUGAAUUCAAUUCCAAUGUCUAUGUGGAAUUCAAGCCCAUGCAGUACCAUCAUCAUGCAGCUGCUUCGACGUCGCACACCACGCGUAGACCAUUUUUUCGACAUCCGGAGCCAGAUUUGAGUGCCGAUAUUGGAGAAGAAAAGGCACCAUCAUGGCUGGAACUGUUUUAUGAUUUGUUUUUUGUGGCAACAUUGACGGAAUUUACCCACUCGGUGGCGAUUAAGGAUUGGGCUUCAUUAGGCCUGUAUGCGCAAUGGUUUGUCAUUACUUGGUGGGCUUGGGCUUCUAGUUCCUUGUACACCGCUCGCUUUGACACCGAUGAUGUUGUACAUCAUAUUUAUAAAAUCAUUGAGAUGUGUGCUGUCAUUGGAAUGGCUGGACCGGCAGAUUACUUUCUGACAUCCCGGGGUUAUGCUUACGGUUAUAUCGCACUUAAGGGCGUCCUCGUCAUUGAAUAUUCUGUGGUAUUGACUGUCGCCCUUAUCUCACGAUCGAAGUCAUGGGUGCCGUUGGCCUCAUAUGUUGCAGCAAAUAUUGUAUCAAUCAUACUAUGGGGUGCUUCAUUGACUAUCAUAGAAGAGAACUAUCAUCGCGCCCUAUGGUAUGCAGGUCUGGUUGUGGAAGUCGUAGUCAUUAUGUUGGUAGAGCGUGAUAAAUCAUUAUCAUGGGCUGCCAGUCAUUUAGCUGAGCGACUCGGUUUACUCACUUUGAUUGUACUUGGUGAAAAUCUGAUGGGUCUCAUAGGCUUAGCUGCUACCUCAGGUACCGAUAUCUUGAUUGUAUUACCAAACUUUAUGGCGGUAGUUGUCAUUUUUGGCUUCUUCUUCAUGUACUUUGAAGAUUUCAAUAAGGAGGUCUUCCUUCACAGCGACUAUCAUCAGAUUUGGGUUUAUCUUCAUUUUCCUCUGCAUCUUUGUCAAGUAGCAUUUGGUAUCGCAUUGAUCGAUACACUCCGAGUGUAUCGUCAGCAAAUGAAAGAAGACGGUAAGAUCACUGAAUCAGAGCACACAUCUACCACUACGGAACACGGAGCCACCUCUUCUGAACCAUCUGAAACGUCGUCCGCGCAUGAAACCGGACCAUCGGCUCCUGCGCAUAAGCUUGCGAAAAAAGCAGUGGAUGAAGUUUAUGCCGAGACAUGGACCCCAAUGGCCGAUAAUGCGCUCGUGAGCCGCUCAGUCAAAGGGAUCAAUGACUCUAUAACGAACCGAGCUGAAGGAUUAUCGGCAUAUAGUGACAUGGCCAAACCAGUGGGUUACCUUUCACUUUGUAAAUAUUACCUUGGUGCAGCUGCUAUAACGGGGUUGCAGGCAGCUUCUGUGGAAUCGUCAUCACAUCUCAGAUGGGUGAAAAGAGCGGGAGCUGAGGAACACAUGCCAAUGUCUGACGACGAAAAGGUGUUUAUCUACAAAACAUUCCUUAUUUGCGGCGGACUUAUUCUUGUGAUCAACUCUCUCAUCAAAUUGUUGAAUACCAAGAUCUCAGAUAUUUAUGGAAAAAUCAUUAUCGGCUCCCGAGUAUUGAAUGCAGUUGUUCUCUGGUCAAUGUGUGCUUUGCCCUUCGCCAAAUUGGAUGCCAUUGUUCUAUUGUCUGUUAUCACGGGCUCUCUGAUUUUCCAAGCAAUGGUUGAUCUGCUAGAUUAGCAAAUAACAUGUGUCCAUAACCUCCAUCUGAAAUGGAUUUCGCGUUUCUGCUGUAGCAUGUGUAUGCAUUUUCGUCAGUGGAAAGUUAUAUGUACGAGCUCAUCCUCUAUAUGACUUUGUAAUAUAUUUCAUUUACAUUAUAAAUAAACACUAGCAUCAUCCCGAUUAAAAUUAUAGAC